AUCUGACCUGCCCAGCACACACAGGAAGAGAGAAAGAGAGAAAGCGGAAAACUUCAGCUGAUCUCCUCAUGGCUCUUCUCACGGUCUGAGGACUUUAUCAUGACGCGCCAGGACUUUAUAUCAAUCAUCAGAGGAAUUCAUGACAGCUAUAUAGAUUGACAGCGUGGAUCUUUAGGUGUAGAGACUUUAACGGGUAGUUUGUUUAUUCGCGAUCGAGACAAACUUGCGCCAAAACGCUCGUGCGGACGCGGAGACUUGUGCGCGGAGAUCAGCGCGGGCGCGUAUUGAGUCGCGAAAGGUCCGAGACCAGCACACAUCGGUGAUCCGGACUUCAGGGUUCAAACUUCCCUCCUUUUCCUUUGUGCCGGAGGACGAGCGCAGGCCGGCGGCGCGCAGUAGCACCAGGCCGCGGGUUAAGACGCCCUGAGCGGGCGUUCGAGGAAUAGAAGUGAUUUUACAGCACAAAAAUGGAUCCAAACUCAGCAUCUGCUGGUGCUCCCAAAAGUGGGAAAGACAAGGAGAAGAAAAGCAAGAAGAAUUAUGAAGACGGAGACGGAAAGAAGAAGUUUACUCUCAAACGGCUGAUUCCUGAUGAGCUGGAGCGCUUCACCAGCAUGCGGACGAAGAAGGAGAAGUCAGUCACGCUGGGAAACAGACACUCGUCAGCUGCCCAGUAUGAAGUGCCGUCCCAGAGUGCUUCGCUGAACGAGCUGCCGGACGAGUCUGUGCUUGAGCUGUUUGAGCAGAUGCUGGUGGAUAUGAAUCUGAAUGAGGAGAAGCAGAAGCCGCUGAGGCAGAAGGAUAUCGCCAUCAAGAGAGAGAUGGUGUCUCAGUACCUGCACACCUCCACUGCUGGUAAGAGUCAGAAGGAGAGCUCCAAGUCAGCGCUGAUAUACAUCCAGGAGCUGAAGACCGAUCUGAGAGACUCACAGUUACUGAGCUGCUUGGAGUCACUGCGUGUGUCAUUAAACAACAACCCCGUCAGUUGGGUCCAGACGUUUGGAGCUGAGGGUUUGGCUUUGCUUCUGGCAUUCCUCAAGAAACUUCAAGACGAGAGAGAAGAACCUUUGAAUGCUGGGAUUGGUGUAAAAUGUCAGCAUGAGAUCAUUCGAUGUCUCAAAGCAUUCAUGAACAACAAGCACGGUCUUAAAGCCAUGCUGACGUCAGAAGAAGGAAUCCCUCUCCUCGUCCGAGCCAUCAAUCCAAACGUCCCGCACAUGAUGGUGGAUGUAGUCAAACUGCUGUCUGCCAUCUGUAUCCUCGAGCAUCCAGGAAACACUCAUGAGCGAGUUCUGGAGUGCAUCACUGAGCAGGCUGAAGAGCAGGAGAUCGAGAGGUUCCAGCCGCUGUUGUCCGGCAUGCAUAAAAACUCCAUCACGCUCAAGGCCGGCUGUAUGCAGCUGAUCAACGCUCUCAUCAGUCGAGUGGAGGAGCUGGACUUCAGGAUCCACCUGAGAUCAGAGCUCAUGAGACUGGGACUCAAAGACAGGCUGAAGGAGGUGAGGUCGAUAGAGAACGAGGAGCUGAAGGUUCAGCUGCAAGUGUUUGAAGAACAAGCUGAUGAAGACUCUGAAGAUCUUCGCUCCCGGUUGGACGACGUCCGUCUUGAGAUGGAUGAUGUGACUGAAGUCUUCCAGAUCUUGAUGAACACAGUGAAGGACUCUAAAGCAGAACCUCUCUUCCUGUCUCUGAUGCAGCACCUGCUACUGGUGCGAAACGACUACAUGGCCAGGCCUCAGUACUAUAAACUCAUCGAUGAGUGUACGGCUCAGAUCGUUCUGCACAGGAACGGCUGUGAUCCAGACUUCAAAUGCAGGAAGUUUGAUCUGGACGUGGGCCAUAUGAUAGAUAACAUGGUUGAUCAGACCAAAGUGGAAAUCAGUGAAGCUAAGGCCACGGAGCUGGAAAAGAAGCUGGACGCAGAGUUGACGGCCCGUCACGAGCUGCAGGUGGAGCUGAAGAAGAUGGAGGCCGAUUAUGAGCAGAAGGUUAUGGAUCUGAGCUCUGAGAAAGAGAAGCUGGGGAAAGACAAGAAUGACCAGGAGAAAGAGAACCAGAGCCUGGAGUCAGAAAUCAACCAACUCAAAGAGAAGAUUGAGAAGCUCUCAAAAGAUCUCAAAGAAGCCAAAGCGAAGGUCAUCACUGUACAUGUGCCUGUGGCUCUGCCCCCCAGCCAAUCAGCUUCCUCAGUGCCACCUCCACCUCGUCCUGGUGAAGCCUGCCUCCCUCCUCCACCAGGACAGACGGUCAUACCGCCGCCGCCGCCUCCACCUCUGCCUGGAGCACCUGGCAUGCCUCCGCCCCCUCCACCACCUCCGUUACCUGGAGCAGCUGGUCUGCCGCCUCCACCUCCACCUCCACCUCUUCCCGGGGCACCCGGUAUGCCACCACCCCCACCUCCUCCGCCUUUACCAGGUGCACCUGGAAUGCCGCCUCCUCCACCGCCUUUACCAGGUGCACCUGGAAUGCCGCCUCCGCCUCCUCCUUUACCUUGGGCACCUGGUAUGCCACCACCUCCGCCUCCUCCACCUGGGAUGCCCGGUAUGCCUCCUCCACCUCCUCCAAUGGGCGGUCCUGGGAUGCCUCCGCCCCCUCCAGGCGGGUUUGGUGGAUGGGCGCCUCCUGUUCCUCAGCUGCCCUUCGGCCUCCAGCCUAAGAAAGACUACCAACCUGAGGUGCAGCUGAAGAGAGCCAACUGGAGCAAGAUCGCACCGGAGGAUCUGUCUGAAGGCAGUUUCUGGGUGAAAACGAAAGAGGAGCGCUUUGAGAACAAGGAGCUGUUUGCCAAACUCACCCUGACCUUCUCCACCCAGACCAAGAGUAAGAAAGAUCAAGAGGCAUCUGAGGAGAAGAAAAGCACUCAGAAGAAGAAGGUGAAGGAGCUGAAGGUGCUCGACUCCAAAACAUCCCAGAAUCUCUCUAUAUUCUUGGGUUCAAACAGGAUGCCUUAUGAAGAGAUGAAGAAUGUCAUCCUGGAGGUUAACGAGAAAGUUCUCACUGAAAACAUGGUGCAGAGUUUGCUGAAGCUGCUGCCGGAGCAGGAACAAAUGAACACAUUAUCAGAGAUGAAAGAUGAGUACGAGGAGCUGGCCGAGUCUGAACAGUUUGGAGUUGUGAUCAGUUCAGUGAAGCGUCUGAAGCCCCGUCUGACCUCCAUCCUCUUCAGACUUCAGUUUGAGGAGCAGGUGAAUAACGUCAAGCCGGAAGUGGUGGCGGUGACAGCCGCCUGCGAGGAGCUUCGGAAGAGCGAGAGCUUCGCCAAACUGCUGGAGAUGACUCUGCUGCUGGGAAACUUCAUGAACGCAGGAUCACGCAACUCCAAAGCUUUCGGCUUCAGCAUCAGUUACCUGUGCAAGUUGAGAGACACUAAAUCAGCCGAUCAGAAACAGACUCUACUGCACUUCCUGGCGGAAAUAUGUCAGGAGCAGUAUCCUGAGGUCAUGACCUUCCCAGAUGAGCUCAUCCACGUGGAGAAAGCCAGCAGAGUGUCAGCAGAGACGCUUCAGAAGAAUCUAGAUCAGAUGGGAAAGCAGAUUAAAAGCCUGGAGAAAGACAUCGAGACGUUCCCCCCUCCGCAGAGCGACAAGGACAAAUUUGUAGAGAAAAUGACAAGUUUUGUAGCGACGGCUGGUGAGCAAUUUGAGAAGCUCAAGCUGAUGCAUGAUAACAUGGAGAAGCAGUAUGAGGAUUUGGGCAAGUACUUUGUGUUCGACCCCAAGAAAAUGAGUCCAGAAGAGUUCUUCGGUGACCUCAACAACUUCAGGAACAUGUUCCAGCAAGCGGUGAAAGAGAACCAGAAACGGAAAGAAGCAGAGGAGAAGAUUCGUCGAGCCAAACUGGCACGAGAGAAAGCGGAAAAAGAGAAAGAGGAGAAACAGAAGAGAAUGAACGCUGGACAGAUUCCCAACAUCAAUGAUGAUGAUGAGACUGGUAUCAUGGAUGGUUUGUUGGAGGCGCUGCAGUCUGGAGCUGCUUUCAAAAGGAAGAGAGGACCACGACAAGCAGCCAACAAUCGGAGAGGAGCCGGUCAAGCCGUGACAAACAUUCUCGCCAAAGAGCUUCUUCAAGAGGACGCCCCACCCGGUGCCAUGAAAAAGAGCCGACAGGAAGCGGAGGACAGGAAAGAGUCAUCUCCGGCGGACACAGGCUCGCUGGAGGACCUCUUAGAUGAUGCUCCGCUGCGCUCAAAUUAAGGACUUUCUCUGCUGAUCCUGCCGGUUAAAAGACAGACUGUGUUUGGGGACCAAGUCUGCGAGGGCGGGGCUCUUGCUAAACCACACCCCACACGGCUUCCUAUUGGCUGUUACGCUGGAGGAGUGGCCUCAUCUCAUCACUGUCACAGUCGUUUUGUCAUUUUCUAGCACUCUUUCUCUAAACACAAGGUUUCAUCUGUCCAUUAUCUCUAUUGAGUCUGCAAAGAUUCCAAAGAUUUGUAUAUAGAUUCCAGAGCAUUUUGUUCCAUUCGAAAUUCAUCUGAACAUCCUCUUCUGGUUCCUUUUUAAAAACAAACAUCUGUUCCUCUUUAACAUUUAGCUUUUUUUUUUUUGCUCUUUGACUUUAAAACACAUCAUAUGGCUGAAAGUUUGAAAUAAGUUACAUUAUUGUUCUCGAAACACGACGUGCCAUUAAUGUCGAUCCCAUAAAUGCAUGUUCAGUUAGUGUGUUCUUGAAGUGUUCUCACUGAGGUUCUGUAGCCAUCACAAGGAGGUCUGGUACCUGUUCACAAAAUUAUUUCUUUCUUCCUGUGCUCUUCUCUUUCUGGGUAUUUCAUUCUGUCAUUUUAAGUGAAUGGUAUUGUUUGAAUCUCAAAAAUACUUGUAUUUUUCACUGGCUACGAUCAUUGAGCCUCGUUCAUUCCAGUCAUUCAUAAAACCAUUCUUGUAUAAAUCAUUGCAUGGAGUUAAAUGUGACAAGUUAUGCAAAAAUGGGUUACGAUAGAACAUUAGUAAAAAAAAAAGUGCAUACAUUGUUGCAUUGAAUUGAAUGCAAUAAUCUACUUCUCAGUGGUUUUUAUGAAUAAGUUGUGUUGAUUGCUGCACUUCAUAGAAUGUUUCAUGAACGGCAUUGGUCAGUUAUGCGUGUUUCCAUAAACGUCCAUUGUGUUUUUGUUUUUGUGCUAUAGUUUAUAUGUUUUCUGCACAAUGAAGAUCCAAACUGGUGAUACAUACAUCACACAAUUUUCAGUGGCGUUUCACCAUCGCAAGAUAAAUCAUUUUUCAUUUACUGCCAGACAUUGAGUAAAAAGUCACUGUGAACUUGGCAAAAGUAACAUUGACAGGUCCUUUGGCAUUUAUUUCUCUGAUAAACUGUUUGAUCAAGACAAAUCUGAGGGACUGUAGCAGAGCACUUCUAUCAUUGGUGCUGAAAUAUCUGCACAGACUUAUUAAACUUUAGUAUUUUUCAUUGCAGUCUUCAAAAGACAGAGAGCAAAUGUCCCUUGUUGACUGAUCACCAGCAGAUACUGUUUAACCUGUCGCCCGUUAAGAUUGUUCUCGAGUCGUAAACUGAGUUUGUAUCAGUGACGGAAAUAUGACCUCAGAGUUUCAGCUUUGCAAUAUGACUUUUCUGAAUGUUGAUGUUGGCUGAAUGUUUGAGGGUAGAGAUCACUGUUUAAAGCCAUAGCUCGGACUGCAUUUGUCAAGAAAUCCUGAGAACUUUUCUUCCGGAUUAAACUAUAUUAAAAUAUAUAUGCAAUUAUGUAAUGUGUGAAAAAUUACGUCAAUGUUUUGGCAGUGAUCCGCAGUUUCGGAGAACUGGGAGCCAACAGAAUCUACUUCAAAGCCGAUUGAUCGUGCUGAUGGUUGUACAAGUCAACAGUUUCACUUUCUUGAAAAAGCUGGAUAAAGAUCACUGGAAAAACAAAGAGACUGUGUUUUCUUUGUUUUGAUGAUUUUUUUUUUUUUUUUUUUAAGAACACCGUUUUUCUUUGUCAAUUUUUAUUGUUGAUUGUUUUAUUGUAAUAAUAUAGAGAUUGUAUUGGUGAGAUCCAUUGGUCAAAUUGUGUAUUUUGCGUUUUGACUGUAGAGAUGUUUAUUCUGGUUGUCUCUAAAACCACACCAUUAAAAUAUAAUCUUUAAUUCCA